AUGGAAACUAAAGGUCAUUUAUUUUGCCAGGGGGAAGAAAAUACUGAUUCAUCAGAUGAUGACCGUAAUUCUUCUGCAGCUGACUUAUUAUCAAGAGAUAUUGACAGCAAAAGGUACAUAAAGUUUUCUAAAACAACAGAGAAGAGAAUUUCACCUGAAAUUAGGGGUUUGAGCCCAGAACACACAAAAAAGUAUGAAACAUCAAUGUUCCUACUCGGAGAAGAAAGAUCCUCUGAUUUUUCAGAAGGAAAAAAAGGCAGGAGGAAGAAGAGUUUACAAGUACAAUUGCGUACUAAAAGAACUGAGGUUUCUCCUUUGUCUGUGAAAGAGAAGAUGACUAGAAAAGAAAGCUCUUUAUGCAAAUUGCCAAGUCAGUACAGCAUUCACAAGAUUUUGUCACCUCUUGAUAGAUAUCCCUCAGUUAUUCGGAAAGAUGAAAGACUUUCUAACCUUUACCAGACACUGUAUGAUGAAGUACCUGAAGGACGCUUUUACUCAGAAGAAUUAAGUGGACUUCAGAAAGCCUGUAAAAUUUUUAGUAAAAUUCGAGGUGGUAAGAUUUAUGUGAAUGAUCUGCCAAUGAUCUGUCGCAUCUUGAAGAUCUCUAUAAGUGACACAGAAAUGCGAAAGGCACUGAAGACUGUUGAUAUUGAUGCAUUUCAGAAUGCCUUGAAGAUUUUUCACAGGAUAAAAGGUGGUCGAGUUCCAGCUUCUGAAGUGGAUAAAGUGUUGGAUAGCAUGGAUAUCUUGAUAGUCCCUGAAACUUUGCAGGAAGUGAUAAAAUAUGCUAAUAUCAACAGUAAUCAAAUGGUGGAUAUUGGGGAUAUUAUAUUUAUUUUGGAUGAACUACAGCAAGAGUAUGAGAAUAUUUCAAUUAUGGAAGGAACAGCCUCGGAUGAAGCUACUUCAAGAAAGUUAUCAAAUGUGUCAGGAUGCUAUCCACAGUAUAGGAAGAAAAGCAUUUUAUCUUCUGGACUGUCUGAAUCAUCAUUAUUCCAAAAGUUAAAUACAAAGAGCCUCCAAAAUCAUAAAAUUAUGAGUGAGAAUGAUGACUAUGAAUUUAAAAGACCAAAAAAUACUUUGCAAAUAAGAAAAUUCCAGGAUGCGGUUGAUAGCAAAUAUAUAGAAUUCCAGGAACCAUAUUCAAAGGAUGGCAUGAACUUUAAGAAAAGUUCAGAGAAAGUUGAAAUUCAUGACUCAAAGUCUAAACCACAAGACUUGAAGCAUGUUUCAGGCCUCAAAAAGUCCCUGGAUAAAAGUGAUAUUUUUAGUAUCCCAAAACUUCAGAAGCCAGCUGUGAGAAGGAGCUCUAGUCUUCUAAAACAAGUUUUGUCUAAGGAAAAAACUACAAUUAAUGCUCUGGAAAAUGGAAUGGUGAAAUUAGAUGACUUUGUGAGUGCUGUCUCUAAAGAGCAAAAUCUUCCUGAAUAUGAUGUGUUGACUGAUAUCAUUAAAGCUAUUGAUAAAAUUAAAGAUGAAAAUAUUGAUUAUGGGGAUCUGAACACUAGUCUUCAAAAUUUAGGAGUUUACCUUUCUAAGCCAGAAUUUCAGAAGAUCACAGAGUUGACUGAGGUUGGAGAAGGUGACAAAGUACAAAUUGAAGAAUUUGCGAAAGUAGUAAAGGAAAUACAUGAUACCUCCAAGUUAGAAGAAUCACAGGAGACUAUCUUAGCUGUUGAUUUGCCUGAAGAUGACAUGAUACCUGGGAAGAACUUGGAAGGUUUUCUAGGAGACAUUGGAAUUAAGUCACCUAAAGAAGAGGUAGAGAAAAUUCUUCAGUCAGAUUUUGUUUCUGAAGACAACAUGGUGAAUGUUAAAGACUAUAUGAAGACUCUGAGUGACACCCAGAAACUUUCCAGUUUUAUUGGAACAGAAGAUCCUUGUAACAUUGUUAAUAGUGUCUCUGAUGGGAAAGUUGCAGUUAAAGACUUUUUAUCUACCUUGGAGAAACCUUUGAGUAAAGAACAACUUAGAAACUCUGCAACAGAUGAUUUAUAUAAAGAGAUUACAACUCUUGAAAAGAUCAGAAGUGAUAAGAUGCCUAUAAAUGAACUGAGCUCCCAAUUCUUGAGUGCUGGAGUUCCAUUAAGCAACAAGGCAUUCCAGGAGAUUCUGAAUGAAACAUCUACUGAUGAUAUACACACUGCCCCCAAUACUGUCAGCUCAAUGAACUGCAACAGAAUUCAAGCUAAUGACUUAAAAAAUGCUUUUGAUGAACUCAGUGUUUCUGUAAAGCCUGAAGAACAUCAGAUGUUAGAGAAAACCCUUGACAUUGAUGUCAGUAUGACUGGGGCUAAUGUGUGGCACAGCUUCUGGGGCACAUUGUCAUCUGUGUAA